AUGCAUUUUUCUAUACCAGAUACACAAGAAUUUAUUGAUGCAGCUGGUAACACAUACGUGGGCUAUAACAUUCACAUAAAUGGAUUAUUUCAUUGUACUGUGAGAUAUAAACAACUGUAUAGUCUUCAUGAACAGUUAGCAAAAGACUUGGAUAUGUCACUUCCAUCAUUUCCACCUAAAAAGUUUUUUCCCUUAACAACAAACCAACAAGAAGAACGCCGUCUUUCUUUGGAAAAAUAUAUUCAGGCAAUAGGGCAAAAUCCAGGGAUUAAUAAUUCAGGAUUGCUAAAUGGAUUUUUGUUGAAUGCUCAACAGGAAACUAUAGGAGGACCAUCUGAUAAUGAACUUAUGGAUAUAUUUCUUAUGAAUGGCAGCAAAAUAGCAAUCAAUGUUUCUACUGGAGAUCAUUCUGGUGGUGUUUUAAAAAAAGUAUAUAAACACCUUAAGCUACCUGAUCAAUAUCAUUCUUACUUUGCAUUAUUUAUUGUUGCUCAAGAUGAGGCAAACAGUGUUUACUUACUGCGGAAAUUGCAAGAUUUUGAGUCCCCAUUUAUAACAAAUAAACACUUACACAUUAUAGGAAGUAGAGUUGUACUUGGAAAAAAUUAUUGGGAUAUGGAAUAUGAUCUCAGACUGAUGAAUAAUGGGGUAGCAAUGAAUUUGCUAUAUAUUCAAGCAAUUGCAGAAAUUCAAAGGGGAUGGAUUCUUAUCACAGAUGAAUUAAAACAUCAGUUGAUUGUCUUGCAAAAGCAUGCAAAGAAAAAAGAAUAUCUGGAUAUAGUACGUACUUCAAAAUAUUAUGGUUAUAUUCAGUUUGCUCCAUGUUUCUGUGAUUAUCCUAAACCAGAUUCGAAAGUACUAGUUGCCAUAGGUAGAAAUGAAUUAAAUUUGCGGAUAUUAUCUGAUGGGGAACAAUACGAAGAAAUGUUUAAUGUUUCGCAAAUGCGUUGCUGGCGUAUAACUACGUUGCAAAAUGGUCUCGAAAGAGGGAGCGAGGAAAGUGACGAUUUUAGUUUAGAAUUAUCUUUCGAAUAUUUAAUGGCUAAAAAUCAGUUACAAUGGGUUACAAUUACUUCAGAACAAGCUAUAUUAAUGUCCGUAUGCUUGCAAGCUAUGAUUGAUGAAUUAAUAUCAAAGACUGUUGGUAGUAAUAAGACUCAGGAGAUAUCACAAAAAUCUUGGACCUAUGUUAUGAGAGAUGGGCAAAGUGUUACAAUGGGAGCAAGCUCCAACGAAGAAUCUGAAGAAAAUAAAAAGGGUCGUUGUAUUAAACAAUCACCUAAAUCAGAACCAAUAAUGAAGAAACUUGCAGACAGAUUGUCAGUAGUAAAAAUAAAAAAGUUCAAUAAUGUUAAAAGUAACGCCAGUGAUAAAGUUCAAGGGAGACAAACGUUGGAAUAUGAUGUUAUGGAAAAUAAUGCAUUUCACAUGAUCGGAGAUGAUGAUUUAUGAAUACAUUAACUGGAAUUAUGAGAUGAAAAAAACAAACAACUCUAUUUUUGCUACGAUAUAAUCGGAGAAAAAUUUAUCCGUUUCUCACGUGAUGCACAACCAAAUAAAUGUGUCAUUUUUAUAUUGGGCAUUUUAUAUGAGCAUUUUAUCGAUACGAUACUACUGAUACUA